GUGGAGUAAAGGGGGACCGCACGAGUCGCGAAUUUGUCUUGUACCCAUAUCCAUAUAUACAUAUACAUUUACAAAUACUUGCAGCAUUAUAUAGAAUAUAUAUAUAUACACAUAUAUAGUAGGACGUCAACGGUGGGGCCCGUCAAAUCUGGUAAUAUCGAACAUGGCGUCCGCUAGGUUAUCGCCGUAAAUUAAACCAGUGUAUUUAACCCAAGGUUUUAUGAAUAUUUAUUGGGAUUAUUGUGGGCUGACGCGGAGCACCUCGUCCUCGGGGAGGCGUCCAAGCUCCUUAGAAUCCCUCUCAAGUUAUCCUCGUGUCACUUAAUCCCAGUGAUGAGCUUACGAAUGGCCGCGUAAACAUAGAGAAGAGUCGCUUGUGUGUUGGUUGCUGCUGCUAGCUGCUACACCCUGGAUAAAAACUUAACGACGCGACGAUUCCUCACUAUUUCAAAUAAUCACCAGUGUCUAUUUGUGAUUUAUUUAACUGUCAUUUUAUUUUUUUACUUUUACUAAAAAUAUAUUAUUUAAAUAAGUAUGACUAUUGUGAUUAUUAUUAAUUUUAUAAUCGUGAAAAUUAUUCAUCAGAUAAAUUGUUUUUGAAAACGGGGUAGCAAGGAACUGGAUUUAUUAAUUUUAUUAACAUUCUCGUUAUUUUAAUUUUUUUUUUAAAUUUUUUAAAUUAUCGCUGAAUGUGGAAUUAUAAUUUGUGCAAUUUAUAUUAUUUAAAUUUAUUUUAUCGUGGGCUAAGUAUUACACUCGCAUAAUUUUUAUAACUAUCAUCUGUUCUGUUAUUUAAAAAAACAUUUUUCAUUAUUUUUUGUUAUUGUUAUAGAUUUAUUUUAAUUAUUAUAAAUAAUGCAAUAAAAUAAUUAUUGUGAUUUUUAAAAUAUAACUUUUGUGCAUUUAAACGUGGCAAUUUAGUGUCGUGCUAAUGAAGAACCUUCUUGAUAAAAUAAACAUAAAAGUAAACAACGAUUUAUAUUGGUAAUUAGUGAAGAUUUUAUUUUAACUUGUCAUUGAUAUAAAGGUAACAAUAUAAAUAAGUAAAUAGAUAAAUAAUAAAUAUGGUGAAAAAUGUGUUGGAUGAUCAAGAUGACUAAUAAAUUACUGUAAUUGUUAUUGAAGUAAACGGAUAAUUAAAUGAAAAUCUAAAUAUAAGUAUUCGAAGAAAAGCUGUUGAGCCAUAUGCCGCCAGCCGGGCUAUCGGCAAAAGGUUUGUGUGCAUUGAUGGACAACGGACAACCUGAUGCUCGUCAUCGGAGCGAGCGAUACUUGUAUGCAGAGAAUGGCUCGUCUCAGCCCAACACACCAAGUACUGCUGCAUCUUCACCGAGGUACCAUAACUCCCCGAGAGAUAACAACUAUUCCACUAGCUACGGGUAUUCGUACGGACGUACGUCAAGUAACAACAUGUCGGAUAGCAGCGUGUCGGAUACACACAGCGGUGGUACUGCCAGGACAGUUUCUCAGCAAACAAGCCCAUCUCACGCCACUCUCUCAUCUUCUCACUCGCGACAGGACAACAGCGCGACAUUGUUCACAGCAUUGUUUGAUUAUCAUGCAACGUGCGAAGACGAAUUAUCUUUGCAACGUGGGGAAACUGUUGAGGUAUUGUCUAAAGACUCGAAAAUAUCUGGGGACGAGGGCUGGUGGACGGGUAAAAUACGAGGACAAGUUGGAAUUUUUCCGGCAAAUUUUGUCGCUGAGGCUGAGUGCAUUGACAGGGUAUCGUCGGUGAUUGAUAAAGUUCAUCCUGUUGAGAUUGAUUUUAAUGAAUUACAACUGGAGGAAGUUAUUGGAGUUGGCGGUUUUGGUAAAGUGUAUCGGGGCUUUUGGCAAAAACAUGAAGUUGCGGUAAAAGCAGCAAGACAAGAUCCAGAUGAAGAGAUAAGUGUGAUAAAAGAAAAUGUUCUUCAGGAAGCUAAACUAUUUUGGCUGCUAGAGCAUGAAAAUAUUGUUCAAUUGGAAGGUGUUUGUUUAAAGGAACCAAAUAUGUGUUUGGUUAUGGAGUAUGCACGAGGUGGUAGUUUGAACAGGGUACUCAGUGGUCGUAAAAUACGGCCUGAUGUACUUGUUGAUUGGGCUAUACAAAUUGCAAGAGGGAUGGAUUACCUUCAUAACAAAGCACCUAUUAGUCUUAUCCACAGAGAUCUAAAAAGUUCUAAUGUGUUGCUGAGCGAGCCAAUUGAAAAUGAUGAUCUCCAGUAUAAAACAUUAAAGAUAACGGAUUUUGGAUUAGCGCGAGAAGUUUACAAAACAACACGUAUGUCUGCUGCGGGAACGUAUGCGUGGAUGGCUCCGGAAGUUAUUAAGCAGAGUACUUUUAGUAAAGCCAGUGAUGUUUGGAGCUACGGUGUAGUUUUAUGGGAACUUUUGACUGGUGAAGUUCCUUAUAAAGGUAUCGACGCAUUGGCUGUAGCUUACGGAGUUGCUGUCAAUAAGUUAACUCUACCUAUUCCUUCGACGUGUCCACAACCUUGGAGGUAUCUCAUGGAAAUUUGUUGGACGUCUGAUAGUCACGGACGCCCGGGUUUCAUGGAAAUCCUUGACUUACUGGAUGAAGUAAGAAGUGCAUUUGCAGCAACACCUCACGAGUCUUUUCAUACAAUGCAAGAAGACUGGAGACUUGAAAUAGAAGAGGUUCUUCAUGGGUUGCGCAUGAAGGAAAAGGAAUUGCGCUGCAGAGAAGAAGAACUGACGAAAGCUCAAGUGCAGCAGAAACAACAGGAAGAAAAUCUGCGGCAGCGUGAACAAGAAUUAGCAGCACGUGAAAUAGAUCUGUUGGAACGAGAGCUCACUGUAAUGAUUAUUCAACAACAGAGUACUCCUACGCCUAAUAAAAGAAAAGGAAAAUUUAAAAAAUCUAGAUUAAAACUCAACAAGAAAGAACCGGGUAGUAACAUCAGUGCACCUUCAGACUUCCGUCACACAAUAACUGUUCAGCAUACAGCACUCGAUCGUGGAAAAAAUCGAAAUCCAUCGAGACCAAAUAGUCCCCCGGGUUCACCGAGUAUUCCACGACUUAGAGCGAUAGCUUUACCAGCCGACGGAGUUAAGGGUAAAACGUGGGGUCCGUCAACACUACAUCAACGCGAACGUGGUGCAAUAAUCACUCAGCCACCAAAUCCUGCAUCACCAGGCGGCAAACGUUGGUCGCGAUCUGCUCCAGAUCUUGAAAAGACUCCACUUCGUACCGCACUACUGGCAAGUGCUCAACGAUCACCGUUGCUACAAGAAAUAGGCCUUUCUGAGGAAAACAUCCACUCUGCUCAUUACUCGACGCUGCCAACGGACGCGUCUUCAGAAUGGAUGACAAUGGAAUAUCCGGCAAAACCUGGACUAACUGGUCCCUAUGUAAUGCCAAUGCCUGUACCAAUGCCGACACUGUACAAUGGAGAAGCUAAAAAACCAAAGCCCGGGAUAAUUGAACUGGUACUUUAUAACAUAGCAGCAAUGCUGGCUGGUGUUGCUACUGGUUAUGAUGUUAAAAUGUCAAAUGUAUCACCGAUUCAUCCGCGACUGUAUCCGAGAAUUGCUGAUAGCGAUGAAGAACCAAAUAGGUAUUGGUUUCAAGCUGACACCGGUUCGAAUCGUAAUUCAGGAUAUCUUGGAGCUGAUUAUGAAUUCAGUUCACCUAGUGGUUAUCCACAUAAUACUUAUCAUGGUCCGGCAAGACACUACAGGCCGUUUUUAAGCAACAUGGGAGGUAUUGCUCCAGGUCUUCCUUUAAAUAUAAUCGAUAAGCCGCUUCGUUUUACCGAUUCACCUCAGCACUAUGCCGUAAAUAGUGGCUCGAAUGUACCAACACCGAGCCCCAGGCGUAAAAGCUCAAGCACAAGCAAUGAAGAAGCUUAUCCAUCUGACAAUUUACGUAUGGACAGAAUAGAAAGGGUGCCCACUAUUUAUAUGGGUAAUGUGCCGCCUUAUCCUGAUUACGGGCCACCAAUGUACACCAUGAUGCCUCCGGAGUAUUACAGGCCACCUGAGUCUAGUUACUUCGUUCCCACAGAUUAUCAUGACUCUAACAGAAUGUUAGAGUGUCCUGAAUUUCCUCAUGCCUACGACAAUCCAAGUAACGUUAAUAGUUUAGUAAGACCAUCAUCACGAUUACCCAAUUAUACGCACCAUCGCACAUCGUCAAAUGUCUCGACCGCCAGUACGUCAAGUCAAAGCAACAUAAAUCCAUCAUUCCGACUGGACGACGAGUCUGACUAUGCACUGUACUCACCGACCCAUUAUUAUCAGAGAACUCAAAACGUACUCAGUAAUAUUGGAUCUGCUUACAGCACUGGUGUUAAUCAUGACUACAAUACCGUAUCACCUCAGUACCUGACACGACAAAAUUCACACGAUUCAAAUCCCAAUUCAAGUGAUCGUCCGAGCAAUCUUGAAGUCGUAACAAGACUACGCUCGAGUUUAAAGAGAUCAAACUAUUCGUACAAUUCACCAAAGAGUACGAGUAAAAAUAAUUCUGGAUCGGGUACUCCGACAAAUCCAACGCCGCCUGAUUCACUCACAUCUGAAGACUCGAGUUAUGUUUCAGCUAAAGACAGUCAAAUAUCAAUAGGUCGGGUACGUUUUUCCCCGGUUACAUUUGAUCGUGACCGGGAUCGCGAUCGUGACAGUUUAUCAGCAUCGCGUGAUCAUCGUGAUGCGCUACUUGAUUUACCGAUUCAUGCUCAGGGAUCAGAAGUAGGUACGUCACCAUUGCAAUCAUCACGAAGACAUAGUAGUAGAAAUCGAAAAUCAAGUAUAUCAGAACUGGAACGUGAAUUUUUAUCAUAGCAUUGGCUUAUUUAAAUACCAUAAAUUGAUACUCUGUGUACUUAAUUAUUUAAUUGAUGUAUAUGUGAUCUAUCUUUACUGCGAGUUAACAUAAGUGAGCGACUGAGUGAGUUAAUUAUUGACUAAAUUAUUUUAAUUUACGGUGGAGUUCUCCAACACUGCCUACUAUCUCACUGAUAAUUAUGAGGAAACGUUUUAUAGAAUUUAAUUUUAUUUAAAUAGCCAUAGCUAUUAUUAUUAUUACUACAGUAAAAUAAUAAUGAAAAAAAAUCAAAUUUAUCGUUUACAUUCCAUUUACAUGUAGGGUCGUCUUUUUUUACGUAAAAAGUAACGAGUAGUUCUGACACUAGAUGGCCGGAUACAUGAAGCAGUUGGUUAUGUUUCUCGCACGUGCUCUUCGUACAGUAUCUGUAGAAAUAUGAUGCCGUAACUAUAUGAUAGUUAGGGUUGUGCAUUAAAUUUAUACAUUUAUAUUUUAUUUAUAAGAAAACGAGUCAUAGCAGCAUUUAUGCAAUUUUUUAUGAGACUAAAAAAAAAUAUUCCUUUUAACAUUCCUUACUGUUUUAUAAUUAUUAUUUUUAUUGUUUAAUAAUCAUUCCUGUGUAUGUAUGAAUUUUUAUUUACACCCGGAGUUCACUUGCUGCCGCUAGAUGGCUACAGGCGUGAAUGUUUCUCGUGCGUGCUCUGCGUAUGGGUAGAAAAUAUUUGAAUAAUUUCAAGAUAAUGCGACUAUCAGCAGCAAAAAUUGUAAUGCAGGUAAUUGUUGUGUGAAUACGUUACUGUAAUUUGAAGUUGGGGUAUUUUAUUAUAAAUUAUAACUCGGAUUACGGAACCGUAUUUAAAGAGCUGCGUAAUACACUAAAGUAUUGGUACUAUUUUGAAAAAAUAUUUUUUACUUUGUAUGUUAAUCAUUUAACAUUUUGUUAAACGACAAUCCCUGUGUGUCUGAAUUUUUUUAAUUAUAUAAAAUCUUAAGUACUUUAAUGUAUUAAUUAUAUUUGUAUUUAUAACAAUUAAUUUUUAAUUUAGUUAUUAAAAUCAAAAAAAUAUUGUCUAAUCACGUGAAUGACAUGUAAGUGCAGAGGAUUAUCUCAGAAUUAUUAUCAGUAUUUUAUAAUACAUCGGAGUGUGUAUAAGAAAGAAUAAGAAAAAAUGUAAUGAAUAAAAAAAAACAUAUUUACAAUUUAUAUGGAGGGAAGUGACAAGUUGUCAUAAUUAAGAAAAAUAUCAUCGAACAUUUAGUCUACGCGACUGUUUAAAUAAUCCAUGUAAAAAAAACGCUUUUUGAAAACAUUACAUGUGAGAAAAAUCAAAAUUUUUUAGAACUGAUAAUUUUUGAUAAUUCAAGAGUAUGCAGUUAGAAAUUUUGUGUAUUUGUGUUAAAAAAUUAUUUGGUUAAAUUUUUUGUGUUGAUUUUUAACACAGAAAUCUGUUAAUUCAACACAACCCGUUUGUGUUAUUUUACUUUAACAGAUUUUUUAUGUUAAAUCAUUAGAAAAUAUAUAAUGUAAGACAUUUCUUGUGUUGUUCGAAAAUUCACACAAAAUUUAUGUUGUUUGACUAAACGUUCCCGCGCAAUUCUUUAUUACUAUAACCAAGCAAAGUAUUUUAGCAGAAUUGUUUGCAGGGGAAUUUGGAUUGUAAUUUAUUUACAAUUAAAUAUAUACAUUUUACAAUUAAAUUCAGAUAACUUUGAUAUUUUUUUGAACCGGUUCAAUUGUUCGCUAAAUUGACAUAAGUUCUACUAAGGGUAGAUCAGUAUACUUGAGUUGAUUAGGUUGUGUGCUUAUGUUUAUUAGUUGAUUUUAACACGAAAAAUGUGUUAAAUUUACACAAAUGUUCCGUUAAAUGUACACAAAUUUUCUGUCAAAAGAACAGAUUUUAAAUGUUCAAUUUUAUUUAACAUAAAAAUUGUGUUAAAGAUCAACACAAACGCAAUGUGUUGAAUUAACACAAAAAUUUGUGUAGACCGUUUGCAACACACGAUUUGUGUUAAAUUUAACACAAAAUUUCUAACUGUAUAGAAACGCUGAUGAGUUUAAUACUUUUAUGGAUUUAUUUAAACUUUUCUGAAAUAUUUUUAAAAGAUUUAUUUUAUUAUUUCAUUUCUUCGUAACAAAUUCUAAAAGAACUGAAUUUUUUGCAAAGUGAAAAAAAGCUUAAGAAAAAUACG